ACGGGAAUCCGUAUUAUACAUCUAACGAAUGAAAUUCUCUGUAAUUUAACAAUUUUCUCUCUCUCUCUCUCAAAAAAAAAAGGAAGAAAAACUAAAUUACACCUGAUUACGUAUCAUUCCUUAAUACAUCUACAAACAAAUACAUUAUCCAUUGGUUAUUCUGGGCACAGAAAUGAACAUUUCACAAUUUGCUAUCAAUAUUUAGGAAAGCUGCCGCACAGUAUCGUAAGUACACUUGUAUAAAUGACUAACAAGCGCGGUGCAGUGCGAAGCUUAUAUCGUAACAGUUCGCUAUAAAUUUUUUUUUUUUUUUUUUUGCUUUAUUUUAAAUUUGGACAAUUGCACAAAAUGCUUCAUCACACAUUCGCUAUCACACUUUUGUAUGUACAGUUGUCGUUUUAUGUUUGCCGUUUUUUUUUUUGUUUUUUACGUGUGCCAAAUGCUGAUCGUACAGUGAGUUUGUUAUUUUAAGAUAAUUUUCUUCCUUCGGUUCGCGGUUUAUCGGUAGAAACGAACGAGUAGAAUAUCAUGCUUAAUUUAUUCUCCUAAUUGAGUAAUUAGCGAAGCAGAAAUAUUCAGUUCGCGUAGCGUUAGCUUCUUCUUAUGCAUACUUCAUUUUUUGCCAGAAAUCAGAACUUUGCUUGGCAUUUUUUCUCUGAUCUUUGGUUUCAAUCGGUGCAGGAAGGAGAAGCUCCUCCUCCUGCAGAUGGAGCAGCUCCUGCUGCUGCCCCCGCUGCUGCCCCCGCUGCAGACGCACCAGCUGCUCCAGCUGCCACUCCUGCUGAAGCCACCCCCGCUGCAGCACCGACUCCUACAGAUGGAACAGCGGCACCGGCACCCCCGGCCGAUGGGGCAGCACCUCCUCCUGCACCAGCGGGUGAAGCCGCACCGGCACCCCCUGCAGAUGGUUCCGCACCACCCCCGGCAGACGGCAGUGCACCACCCCCAGCGGACGGAGCAGCUCCUGCACCUCCUGCCGAUGGCGCCGCUCCCGCACCACAAGGUGAUGGAACAACACCAGCCCCACAAACCGACGGAGCGGCACCCCCAGCAGAAGGUGCACCACCCGCAGAUGGAACCCCAGGGGCUCCGGCUCCACCAGUUGACGGAGCUGCACCCCCAGCAGAAGGUGCCCCAGCCGCACCCCCCGCUGACGGCGCAGCGCCAACGGAAGGAGCUCCAGCUGCCGCACCUGCCGAAGGAGCAGCUCCUGCCGAAGGAACGCCCGCAGCGGCACCCCCGGCAGACAGUGCGGCGCCAGCACCUGCAGCGGCACCAGCUGAAGGAGCUCCGGCGGAUCCAGCUGCACCCCCACCGGCUGAGGGUGCUGCCCCAGCGCCGGCUGCACCACCCGCAGAAGCAGCGUUACCACCCCCAGCGGAGACAGCACCCCCGCAAGCACCUCCAGCGUCGUAACUGCGGGAUGAUGCGC